AUGUACCGGUACUUCGGAGAGCUACUCACCCGGGGAGCAGGCAGCGUCCUGGCCUCGGGCUGCUCCGCUGCUGACUCGGCUCUACCGGCGACCGCCGCGUCCCUGCUGCGCUACCGCUGCUACAGCCAGGCCGUGGACCGGGACGACGACCCGAACUUCUUCACCAUGGUGGAGGGGUUCUUCGACCGAGGAGCCGCUAUCGUGGAGGACCAGCUGGUGGAGAGCCUGAAGACCCGGGAGAGCGCCGAGCAGAAGAGGAAGCGAGUCCGCGGGAUCCUGCGGAUCAUCAAGCCGUGUAACCACGUCCUGAGCGUCAGCUUCCCCAUCAAGAAGGACAGCGGCGAGUGGGAGGUGAUCGAGGGCUACCGGGCUCAGCACAGCCAGCACAGGACGCCCUGCAAGGGAGGUAUCCGUUACAGCACAGACGUCUCUGUGGACGAGGUGAAAGCUCUGGCGUCACUGAUGACCUACAAAUGUGCCGUCGUCGAUGUGCCGUUUGGUGGAGCCAAAGCUGGAGUGAAGGUCAACCCAAGAAAUUACUCUGACACUGAGCUAGAGAAAAUCACCAGGAGAUUCACUAUCGAGCUCGCCAAGAAAGGCUUCAUCGGGCCCGGUAUCGAUGUUCCAGCUCCCGACAUGAGCACCGGGGAGAGGGAGAUGUCCUGGAUCGCCGACACCUUCGCCACGACCAUGGGACACUAUGACAUCAAUGCUCACGCCUGCGUCACCGGGAAACCCAUCAGUCAGGGAGGCAUCCACGGUCGCAUCUCUGCCACCGGUCGAGGAGUUUUCCAUGGCAUCGAGAACUUCAUCAACGAGGCGGCCUACAUGAGCCAGCUCGGGAUGUGUCCCGGCUUCCAGGACAAGACCUUCGUCAUCCAGGGUUUCGGUAACGUCGGCCUCCACUCGAUGCGUUACCUUCAUCGUUUUGGAGCGAAGUGUGUCGGCGUCGGAGAAAUGGACGGAAACAUCUGGAACCCCAACGGCAUCGACCCCAAAGAGCUGGAGGACUACAAACUGGCUAACGGGACGAUCGUGGGAUUCCCGAACUCGACGCCGUAUGAAGGAAACAUCCUGGAGGCCGACUGCGACAUCUUGAUCCCUGCCGCCAGCGAGAAACAGCUGACCAAGAGCAACGCCCACAAGAUCAAGGCCAAGAUCAUUGCUGAGGGAGCGAACGGUCCGACCACGCCUGAAGCCGACAGAAUCUUCCUGGAGAGAAACAUCAUGGUGAUCCCGGACAUGUACCUGAACGCAGGUGGAGUGACAGUGUCGUAUUUCGAGUGGCUGAAGAAUCUGAACCACGUCAGUUACGGCCGACUCACCUUCAAAUACGAGAGAGACUCCAACUACCACCUGCUGAUGUCGGUUCAGGAGAGUUUAGAGAGGAAGUUUGGAAAACAUGGAGGAGCAAUCCCGAUCGUCCCGACAUCCGAGUUCCAGGCCAGAAUCUCUGGAGCGUCUGAGAAAGACAUCGUUCACUCCGGUCUGGCCUUCACCAUGGAGCGUUCUGCAAGGCAAAUCAUGAGGACAGCCAAUAAGUACAAUCUUGGUUUGGACCUGAGGACGGCGGCGUACGUCAACGCCAUUGAGAAAGUGUUCCAGGUUUACAACGAGGCCGGGCUCAUCUUCACAUAGAGACCCUGUCUGUCUGUCUGUUAC